AUUUGAAUUAAAGUAUUAUUAAACUGUAAACACGUGUGUAACUGUAUUAUUUAUCGUUUUCAAUUUUUAACAAUGAAUAUUGUUAGUGAAAUAUUAAAAAAGUCAGCUGAAAAUGAUAAAAUAAAGGAAAUUACAGUGCAAAAGGAUAUUGAACUUGACAUUGAUGUAGGAACUCUUUUGGCAUCUGAUUACAAUGUAAUCGACAACAAAAGUUUUAGCUCGAAUCAAGAGGAGUAUUUGAAAAAUUUAACACGAGAUAAUGUACAGUUAAUAGUAAAUAAAAUUUGGGAAUUACCAACAGAACGAGUGGAAGAAGCGAUUGUUGCGAAAUUACCAAAUCCCACAUUUGUUUUGCCUCGAGCACGUAAGGUACCUAAGCCAAAGCCAUUAACAAAAUGGGAGGAAUUUGCCAAAAAGAAAGGAAUCACGAAAAAGAAGAAGGGUACCUCGAAACUUAAAUGGGACGAAGUUCUUCAGAAAUGGGUACCCGGUUAUGGUUUCAAACGUGCUGAAGCCGAAAAACAAAAAGAUUGGCUGGUUGAAUUGGCAGAUGACGGUACACCAAAAGAGGAUCCAUUCCAAGCGAAAACCACCGCAAAACAAGAGAGACAAGCUAAAAAUGAACUUCAAAGGUUACGAAAUAUAGCAAAGGCAAAGAAUGUAAAAGUUCCUCGAGUUGGACUUCCUAGUUCUGAUCAUUUCAAAAGUUCACGACAACUUGCAACGGCAGUAACAGUCGCACGAGUUUCCACGGCAUCUGUUGGAAAGUUUCAAGACAGACUUCCAAAAGAAAAAGAUGCUAAGGAUAUUGCUUCUCAAGUACCUGGAAUGAAAAGAAAACGUGAGGCACCUCCAAAGAAUGCUUUAGAGGAGAAAAAACGUAAUGUCGAUGUUUUGAAUGGUAUUCUUAAGAGUAGGAAUAAAAUACUUAAAGAUGAUAUUGGAGUGCCUUCUACAAGUACGUCAGUACCACGCGAACGAGAGGGAAGGAAGAAAAAGGCCGGCAAACCUGGUAAAGGAGCGAAAAAGCCAAAAGCAGGCAAAGGAAAAAGGGAUCCACAUACAAAAGUAGGUGGAAGAAAACGAAGAUAGAAAAAUUAAUAACUAGACACGUAUGUUUGUAAAUUUUAUUUACUUCCGACUUUAAUAAAUUAUACCAUUAAUUUUCAAA